AUGCCCGACAUCGAUCCAGCGGCCUUGAGCCGCCCUAGUGUGACGAACAAGAGUCCAACUCCUGUUUUACCUACAAAGUCACUUACCGCGACGACUCCAGUUCAAAAAUCAGCAAAGUUCAAUCAUGUUCCGCCCCGCAUCGACCUUGAACCGUUGUACACGGCAGUCAAGUCUGCAAUUGGCGAUAACUGGGGGACAUACAAAGAAUCAAUUGGUUUAUUUCUUAUGGGGCAAAUGAACCAGGCCGAACUCUCGUCCCGAAUUGAUCAUUUCCUCAUAACAAAUACUGGUGAAAUCGAGCAUCUUCACAAUCAACUUAUAUCUGCCAUCUAUGCGAAUACCACUCGUGAAAUGCCUGAUCAGGGCGUGGCGAGCUGGGUCAGUGCAAAUGAUAAACCUACAACAGGGGCUGGGAGCAAGCCGGUCAGCGGCGAUGCGGCGGAACAAAGACUCAAGACAGAAGUUAUGCAAUUGCCGAGUCGUGAUAGGAGAAGACUGAAGGAUCUCUCUCAAAAUGAUUUCGACCCAUUCGACGCAUUUGCGACAAUGCUUACAGAGCAUCGCCGACCGAAGCCUGCAAGACAGCCAGAGACUGUACCUGCCAGUGCUGGCGGUCUGAACAAAACAAAUUGGGAUCUGGAAAUUCGGAAGAGAUAUACCUUACCUUUGGCCUCAGAAUCUGGUGAAUUUCCUGACAUGACAACCAUCGAGUCACGAAUGCUUCCCAUAUGCUAUGAAACAGGAUUGGUCAAUGGCCAUGUCCAAGAUGCAGCUCAGUUCAUGUCCGUGGCGACAGAAACGUUCAUUAAAGAGGUCUUGUCAUCGAUAUUUAGCAAAACGAGAAGCAAUGGGCCCGGAUCUAUGGGUAGCGCCGGAACUAGUGGUGGUUCUUCCUGGGUUCAAACACACAAGUAUCGCAGGCAGCUAGAAAGGGAAGAAGAGUCCUCGAUGCGCAACGAAGUCCUUCGAGACAAAAAUGGCUUACUGCCCAUUGAAGCCCGUGCAGCAAGUGAACGAGGCCCUCUAGGCAUGGCUGAUGUACGUACUGCACUUGAAAUUGCCGAUUGUGGUUUAGGACAAAUGCCAGUAGUUGUGCAGCAAAUAAUGUUCGGAUAUCAAGAGGGCGAACUAGAAGACUGGAAUGCAUUUACUCGGCUUGGGCCCCAAGGCAGAAUCAUCACUGAGGAUGAUGAUGGCGAUGUUGAGAUGGGUGGUCUCGAGGUCAACGGUUUAACUAAUGGUGUCAACGGACACGCGAUAGACGAAACAAUGAGCGAUAUUGAAGAUUGGGGAUGGGAGGGGGCUGAAUACCAAGAUCGAGCUGCGUUGGAUAUGGUGCUAGAUUCAUGUCUAGCUAUUGGAGCUUGA